AUAGAUACAACCAUACACAAAAACCAUACACAAACGUUUCUGUCUUGAGAAAGGAUAAGAAACUGUUUGCAGCUGUUUGUUCGAACCAACUUUAUCUAAAAUAGCUCAAGGGGACACAAGAAGAUAAAUCCGAGCAGGGAUCCGUGUGUAAAAAGGCACACAAAAGGUGCACAGGGAAUAACUAAGAUCUAGAGAGAGUGGAGCCAUGAGUCUCAAUGACUUUGUGGUGAUUUCCAACAAGCCCAAGUCAGUCAAGCUCAAUGCCAGGAACCUGCGAGAGCUGCGCAUGGAGACAGUGACGCUGGCCCAGGAGAGUAAAGACAUGGAGGAUCGACUGCAACAACUCAGAGAGAGCAUGAGCCGGGAGAAAGAGGAGAGAGAGAGGUUAGGUGGUUUCCGUUGGAAGUCAGGGCAGGCUGGAGCUGUGAAUAACCACAGUGCAAAGAGGAACAAGGAGAGUGGACUCCAAAAGCUGUCAGCAGGCAAGGUGAAGAUACGGCUCCUCAAAGAUCAACCUCAGCCAGAAGUCUGCAGGGUGGGAGAGAAGGAGAAGGCUACAGCUGUUCUCUCAGGUGGUCAGGUGUCCAGCAGUAAGACCAGGCUGAGGGGGAAGGUGUGUGGCCAGUGUGAGGCCAGGGCUGCUGGACUGACAUGUGCAGAAUGUGGAGAGGACUACUGUGUCGGCUGCUUUGCCAAGUUUCAUCAAAAGGGGGCACUGAAGCUCCACAGAAUGAUCCCCAUUCAGACAGAGAUCCAGACCUCGGUGAGCACGCUGGAUGUAGUGAGUCGUUUCCAGAGACAAGUCCAGCCCAACCCCAAGCCUGAUUCCCAGACGGCUGGGAGAGGUGGAGGGGCGAGGGGGCCGGAGAGAAGGACCCAGGCCGCUCCCGCUGUUACACAUACCCACAAUGCACAGGGAAGCCAGGUUUUAGUUGUGAAUCCCUUGAGGGAGGAGGAAGAGGAGUUUGAUGAACUGGAGGAUGAAGAGGAGAAGGAGAUGCUGACCACCUCACUGCUGGGAGGAGAAUAUGAUGAGGAAGAGUCAGCUCUCUCCUUUCAGGAGGCACUCAGGCAGUGGAGAGGAGAGAGAAGAGAGGGAGGAGAAAGAGGAGAGAGAAGAGUGGGAGGAGAGAGAGGAGAUGCAACUCGGAGACCCUUCCAAGUCCGGACAGUAUCAGUGGAAGUGAUGGGGACCCAGUCAGACCUGAGAGACAGUGGGGCUGUGAGAGGACCAGUGAAGGUGGAGUUCACCCAACACAGUCUCAGUUACAUGGACAGACUCGUCAUCAAGAGACACCGCAGGAAGCCGAUUGAAGCCUAUCAACCACUGUCCUCCCUGGCCUCACAGAGCUCCCCAACACACACACACACUCUGACAGCUGAGGAUGUGGAGUUGAGGCGGUACUGUGCCUCGCUGUUUGCUGUGUCAUCCUGCGGGGGCAGCGCUGAGCCAGAGUCCUCACCUGGAUCGUGUCUGAGCAUAGAGGAAUUAGAUGAGGAGACAGUUAAAGACAGAGGGUUUGUUACUGAACAGAAGGCAGAAGACAACACAAAGCAUGAGGAAGUCAAUGUAAUUGGAGGUCCUAACCUGUCCCACAAUACAUUGUCCCAGGGAGCCAUGUUGUCUGGGUCUCCAGUGACCUGGUCACCUCUCCCUCCGUUGGUCUCUAAAGUGGGGACCACUCAGAUACCACAACCUGACCACACUAGUGUACGGUCACCAAGGUCCACCACUGGGUCACCACAGCCCAGAGGACCAAAGACCCCUGGGUCGUCAACCAAGACACCAGCCAAGUCAACACGAACUGACCGCUCUUUCAACCUCCAUGAGGCAACCCUAGACCCGUCAUCCCCCAGCCCUUCUCUCUCCACGCCCAACCCAGACCUCUUAUCCUCUCCACCCUCUCUCCACUCCCUCAGGUCCACAUUCACUCUUUCACCUUCGAGCCUCACAGAGCCAGAGUCACCUCCGUUACCUCCCCGGGCCUCCAGAUUUAUUUACCCCCCUUCACCUCCCAAACACCUGCCUGACAGGUUGUCACCUCCAAAACCUCUCUCCCUGAAGUCUCGGUCAUCGCCGUCACCAUCAGAACCCUUAUCGUCCCCCUUGCCAUACUCUCAGUCACCUAGGAAACAAUUAUCCAGCAGGUCACAAAAUACCAAGUCACCCAGGAACCCUCUCUCUACCGUAUCACCAGGAAGCCCUGUGUCCUACAGGUCACCUCCAAAACCGUUAUCCACCAUGUGGCCAUCAACACCAUCACCUCCAGAUGCUCUGUCCUCGAGGAACGUGUCGAUUCCAUCACAAGAGGAACCCCAGUCAGCCAUGUCAUCCCACCCAUCUCCUUCUCUUUUCCUGAUGAGUGAUCCACCACCACACUCCUCUGACACACUGACAAACUACAGCUCCCAGCAGACACCACGGGUGCUCUCAGGGUCAGGGAUCAGAAAGUCACACAGUCCAGCCCUCUUUCCCAGGAUGCCUGCAACAGAUUUUGACAUGGAGUCAUCCAGUGACAGCCUGGGCCUGUCGCCCCGCGAAGAAGACUCCUCAGACGAGGAGAUGAAGAUGGAUGGAUGUUUAGAGGAGUGGAGGGGUAGAGCAGAGCACAGAUCCUUCCUCUCCCCCACGCUUCUCCUAGAGGGUUCCCCUGUCUUCCUAACAGCCCUGGACCCAGAACCACAGACAGGACAGCUGGUCCCAGAACCAUCCAUGGAGCUGCGUGCCCUGGCCCAGAGAGAGCCGUCCCUGGAGCUGCGUGCCCUGGCCCAGAGAGAGCCGUCUCAGGAGCUGCGUGCCCUGGCCCAGAAAGAGCCGUCUCAGGAGCUGCGUGCCCUGGCCCAGAGAGAGCCGUCCCAGGAGCUGCGUGCCCUGGCCCAGAGAGAGCCGUCUCAGGAGCUGCGUGCCCUGGCCCAGAGAGAGCCGUCCCAGGAGCUGCGUGCCCUGGCCCAGAGAGAGCCGUCCCAGGAGCUGAGUGCCCUGGCCCAGAGAGAGCCGUCCCUGGAGCUGCGUGCCCUGGCCCAGAGAGAGCCGUCCCAGGAGCUGCGUGCCCUGGCCCAAAGAGAGCCGUCCCUGGAGCUGCGUGCCCUGGCCCAGAGAGAGCCGUCCCAGGAGCUGCGUGCCCUGGCCCAGAGAGAGCCGUCCCUGGAGCUGCGUGCCCUGGCCCAGAGAGAGCCGUCUCAGGAGCUGCGUGCCCUGGCCCAGAGGGAGCCGUCCCAGGAGCUGCGUGCCCUGGCCCAGAGAGAGCCGUCCCAGGAGCUGCGUGCCCUGGCCCAGAGAGAGCCGUCUCAGGAGCUACGUGCCCUGGCCCAGAGAGAGCCGUCUCAGGAGCUGCGUGCCCUGGCCCAGAGAGAGCCGUCCCUGGAGCUGCGUGCCCUAGCCCAGAGAGAGCCGUCCCAGGAGCUGCGUGCCCUGGCCCAGAGAGAGCCGUCCCAAAAGCUGCGUGCCCUGGCCCAGAGAGAGCCGUCUCAGGAGCUGCGUGCCCUGGCCCAGAAAGAGCCGUCUCAGGAGCUGCGUGCCCUGGCCCAGAGAGAGCCGUCUCAGGAGCUGCGUGCCCUGGCCCAGAGAGAGCCGUCUCAGGAGCUGCGUGCCCUGGCCCAGAGAGAGCCGUCCCUGGAGCUGCGUGCCCUGGCCCAGAAAGAGCCGUCUCAGGAGCUGCGUGCCCUGGCCCAGAGAGAGCCGUCUCAGGAGCUGCGUGCCCUGGCCCAGAGAGAGCCGUCCCUGGAGCUGCGUGCCCUGGCCCAGAAAGAGCCGUCUCAGGAGCUGCGUGCCCUGGCCCAGAAAGAGCCGUCUCAGGAGCUGCGUGCCCUGGCCCAGAAAGAGCCGUCUCAGGAGCUGCGUGCCCUGGCCCAGAGAGAGCCGUCUCAGGAGCUGCGUGCCCUGGCCCAGAGAGAGCCGUCCCUGGAGCUGCGUGCCCUAGCCCAGAGAGAGCCGUCCCAGGCGCUGAGCUUCUGUGGCCUGGAGGGUUUCCUCAUCCUGGGUCUGGUGGACCUUGGUUCUCCACAGCCCAGCCCACGUCCCACACAUUCUCACCCAGACACACAGGACAGCGCACACACACUCACAACAGGUGUGUAUUUGUGUGUGUGUGUGUGUGUGUGUGUGUGUGUGUGUGUGUGUGUGUGUCUAUUUCUUAGAGUCAUGUUUUCUCAUAAUUACAGUAGAAAGCGCUGAAGCUCUUUUGUUGUAAGAGAUUAGAUUGAAAGAUUU